UUACAACACGCCACAACAAUCACAACUCAACCUUCUAUAUAAACCUCUGUUUUCUUUUCUUUUUGCUUCAUACCUAAAACGCAGACAGAAUAAAAAACAAAACAAGGCAAGAAAGAGCAGCUCUUUUUCACUGCAAUGGCAACAGCGCAAACACCCCAUAUAGCCAUUCUGCCGAGUCCUGGGAUGGGUCACCUCAUUCCACUCGUCGAGUUCGCCAAACGACUCGUCCACCAACACAACUUCACUGUCACCUUUGUUAUCCCCACCGAUGGUUCUCCUUCUAAGGCUCAAAAAUCAACUCUUGAUUCUCUUCCGAGCUCGAUAGACUCUGUUUUUCUUCCUCCUGUUGACUUGAGUGACCUACCCGAAGGUUCAAAAAUCGAAACGGUGAUUUCUUUGACGGUGGCUCGCUCCCUUUCUUUCAUUCGUGAUGCUUUAAAGUCACUGGCUGCAAAGACAAAACUUGUUGGCUUGGUGGUUGAUCUUUUUGGUACGGACGCAUUUGACGUUGCUAGAGAAUUCAACGUCUCGCCGUACAUAUUCUUCCCAUCCACCGCUAUGACCUUGUCUCUGUUUCUUUACCUGCCAAAGCUUGAUCAAAUGGUUUCAUGCGAGUACAGGGACCUGCCUGAAAUGGUGAGAAUUCCAGGGUGCAUCCCAAUAUACGGGAAUCAAUUGCUGGACCCAACUCAAGACAGGAAAAACGACUCUUACAAGUGGCUUCUUCAUCAUACAAAGAGGUACAGAUUGGCUGAAGGAAUUAUGGUGAACAGUUUCGUGGACUUGGAAGGAGGAGCAAUAAAGGCUUUGCAAGAUAAAGAACCCGGUAAGCCACCGAUUUACCCGGUUGGUCCACUUGUUAACGUUGAUUCCAGUAGCAAAGCUGAUGGGUCGGGUUGUCUGAAGUGGCUAGAUGGUCAGCCACAUGGGUCGGUUUUGUACGUGUCAUUUGGGAGCGGUGGGACCCUGUCCUAUAACCAGAUAAAUGAGUUAGCUCUGGGAUUGGAAAUGAGCCAGCAACGGUUUUUGUGGGUUGUGAGAAGCCCAAAUGAUCAGGUGGCUAACGCCACGUUUUUCAGUGUACAGAGCCAGCAGGACCCUUUCGAUUUUCUGCCAAAGGGGUUUUUGGAGCGGACGAAAGGCCGAGGUCUGGUGGUGCCGUCGUGGGCGCCACAGGCUCAGGUGCUGAGCCACGGUUCUACAGGAGGGUUUUUGACCCAUUGCGGAUGGAAUUCAGCCCUCGAAAGUGUUGUUAAUGGGGUGCCUCUAAUCGCAUGGCCACUUUACGCCGAGCAGAAAAUGAAUGCCGUGAUGCUGGCUGAGGAUAUUAAAGUUGCAUUGAGAGCAAAACCCAACGAAAACGGGUUAGUUUGCAGAGACGAGAUUGCAAAAGCUGUUAAGGGUCUAAUGGAAGGCGAAGAAGGGAAAGGUGUCCGAAAUAGAAUGAAGGACCUGAAGGAAGCAGCCGCAAAGGUUCUGAGUGAAAAUGGGUCUUCCGGCAAGGCACUCUCUGAAGUGGCUCAAAAGUGGAGGAACCAGAUAGGCAUCUAGAAAUUAGAAACGCACCCAUUUUCGAUCUUUUUUCACUCUCUACCGUUAAGUUAUGGUAUUAGUAUUAGUAUUUAACUUUAUGUUCUACAUUUCUUUUCCAUUUUCCUGUAUAUGGUCUAGGCCAUUUGGUUUGUAAGUUGUAACAACAGCUAGCAAUAUGUGUUUGAAUGUUAGAAGUUGUUGAUAUACAGUAAUCAGUUCUCUUGGGAGUUUCUAGUUAA